AUGGCAGACAUACAGACUAUUCGCAUCGGCUAUGUGCCCGAGCACUAUCUGACUCCGCUUCAUCUCGCACUCCGUUCCCCAGCGGUGUCUUCCCUCCCGUACAAGAUCGCACUCACGCCAUUUCCAUCCGGUACAGGCCAUAUGAUCACAUCUUUGCGGAGCAAUGAGAUUGAUAUUGCCAUUGGAUUGAGCGAGGGCUGGGUGGCCGGUCUAACAGGCAAGACUCAGCCCCAGGACCCCGCCGAGGGAGGCUACAAAGUCAUCGGUCACUGGGUGGAUAAUCCCCUACGGUGGGCGAUUGUGACAGGCCGUAACCGGGCCAAUAUUACUGGCGUGCAGGACCUCAAAGACCAGCGGGUUGGUGUGAGCCGAUUAGGAAGUGGUUCUCAUAUCAUGUCCUUUGUUCUUGCACAACAGCAAGGCUGGAAGUCAGAUUCUUUGACCACUAUACCUCUUGGACCAUUCGGAGCUCUGCGGAAUGGAGUCACCGGCCAGGAUGAGAGAGAUGCGGCCCAAGAGCCCAAUCCCACUGCUGAAUUCUUCAUGUGGGAACACUUCACAACAAAACCAUACUUCCACCCAACAGCUGAGAUGCCAGAGCCACCGCUGAAGAAUAUCGGAGAGAUUUUCACACCCUGGCCGUCAUGGAUGAUUGUAGCAUCUACAGCUAUGUUCCCAAAUCCCCAAAACGACCAGCGCCUAGAGAAGCUGUUUGAAGCUCUGGACCAGGGAAUCAAGGAUUUCGAAUCCGAUACUGCGCAUGUCGUGAAGCUCUUAGGCACUGGUGAACUUGGCUGCAACUACAUCGAGGAGGAUGCAACCGAGUGGCUGAAGGAUGUUAAGUUCACCAGCAGUACCCGCGGAGUGGACCGUAAGGUAAUUGAAGGGGUGGUAGAUGUGCUCAAAAUAGCGGGUGUUAUUGACACGACCAUGACCAACGAAGAUGCUAUCCAGCGAGUGAUUGGCGUUCCACGGUAG